AUGUCUUCAACAAAGUCAAAUUCUUUCAUUCUCCUUACACCUGGACUGAUUCUCGUCCCCACACCCCUCGCCGUCAACAAUAUAUCUUAUCUAAAUCUCUACGCCAGCCUACACGCCGACGCAACUUUUUGCGAAAUGGGAUUCGGAGCUUCUUUCCCACCUAGAAACUGGACAGAAGCGGAGACUCGGGAGACCAUCCUAACGCGAGACAUUGCUCGAUGCUGGCAAAGUAGGAAUAUGGGCGACUUUGCAGUGGGCGUACGAUCAACAGCGCAGAUCGACCAACUGAUCACACAACCCAUUACUGGAACCAACGACGAACUACAUGUCAUCGAAGACCAAGAUGCGGAAACAACAUCUCAAGCAUUGAGUCACGUGGAAUGGGUAGGAUAUGCGGGUGUGCGUGAUGCUACUACAACAUCUAUGCCGCCGCGCACUGAUGCAGACCCCCCAUUGCCGCACUGGCUGGAAAUGAUAGAACUCCGGUAUGGUGUUGCGCCAGUGUACUGGGGUAAAGGUAUGGCCCGAGAAGCCGCAGAAGCUAUUAUGCAGUGGGCUGUUAGAAAAAGAGGUAUAAGAAGGUUUAUUGCUGAGACAGAAAAAGAGAACGCAAGAAGUGCGAGGGUUUUGGAAAAGAUGGGGUUCACGAAGAGGGGUGGAGUGGAUUAUUGGAAAGAGGAGGGACAGAUAGAGUGGGAAAGAGCGUUCGUGUGA